AUGGCGGAUGAGAAUAGUAGUAAUAGAGAAGCAUUAUUAUUGAACAGUAAGGAUGUCUUGUAUUAUGAGGAUUGCCCAGGUUGCAGAAACGAACAUCGCAAGAGAACGAAUUUAGGACCACCUUACAAAGAAUUAGUCUGUAUUUGGAUUGUGGCACUAUGCGCUGGUCUUCCCAUAUCAUCUUUGUAUCCAUACCUAUACUUUCAGGUAAGAGACUUCAAUGUAACAAGGGAUGAAAAUAUCGGAUACUAUGCAGGAUUUGUAGGAUCUGCUUACAUGCUUGGAAGAGGUUUAACUGGUGUGCUAUGGGGAGUUUUAGCUGACCGAUACGGUCGGAAACCAGUUAUAAUCUUUUGUUGUAUAACAAUGAUUAUAUUCACCAUUUUGUUUGGUCUCAGUACAAACUUUUGGAUGGCCGUUUCUACGAGAUUUCUUCUUGGAGCCUUCAGUGGUGUAUUAGGUCCAGUUCAGGCUUAUGCCACCGAAGUUUCCCGUAAAGAACAUCAAACAUUGGCACUUUCGUUUACUAGUUCGGCAUGGGCAAUAGGGAUGAUUAUAGGUCCUGCUAUUGGAGGUUUCCUUGCUCAGCCUGCAGAGAAAUAUCCAAGUAUAUUUACGAACGAUUCUCUGUUUGCAAGAUUUCCGUACUUCUUACCAUGUCUCUGUAUAUCUGUAUGGACAACAGCUGCGACUAUUGCCUCUUUUUGUCUUCCGGAAACAUUACACAAGCAUAAGGAAACAAAUGAGGAACCUCAUGGCACUGGUAUCACUGAGAAGACACAAGAAAACGAUGAGAUAGGUUCAACAGAACCAGAAAACCUCUUCAGGAAUCGGCCGCUAAUAUCAUGCAUUGUUGUGUAUUGUGUUUUCUCACUUCACAACACGGCCUACAGCGAAAUUUUCUCAUUAUGGGCUGUGAGUCCUAAAAAGUUUGGUGGAUUAAAUUAUACCACUGAUAAUGUUGGUGAAGUUCUUUCAAUCACAGGUAUCGGUCUUUUCCUGUUCCAACUUUCAUUGUUCCAGAAGUUGGAGAGGAUUCUAGGACCCCUCAUGGUAGCUCGAAUUUCUGCGGCUUUAUCUAUUGUGGUUCUGGCAAGUUACCCUUUCAUAGCUAAACUGUCCGGGAUCAGCCUUUUGUUGUCAAUAAAUAUUGCAUCACUUCUCAAAAGUAUUUUAUCUACUUCUCUUUUCACUGGGUUUGUCAUCCUACAAAACAACACAGUUUCUCAGCACCAAAGAGGAGCUGCAAAUGGAAUUUCAUUAACUGCAAUGUCUCUAUUCAAAGUAUUUGGUCCAGCUGGUGGCGGUGUCCUCUUUUCAUUGGCGCAAAGGCGUAUGAAUGCUUCCUUUUUACCUGGUACCGAUUUGGUUUUCUUCAUCCUAAAUCUAAUUUUGGUGAUUGGAUUAAUCAUGACUUUCAAACCAUUUCUCGUACUCCCACAACGACUCAGAUGA